AUGUCUCGCAAAGAAAACCUCCUAUGUGAACUGCAUACAAAGAAAGGUACUUGGAAGAUUGUCGUGCGAAUAACUGAUAUAUGGCGUCUUAACAAACAUAAUGGUCGACAAUCCAUUGAGAUGGUGUUGAUGGACCAUACGGGUACAAAGAUUGGGGCAACUCUAUGGCAAGAAUUGUUCCCUGAAUUUGAGCCCAAGUUGCGUUGUGGUGGUGUAUAUGUUAUUCAGAACGUGAAGGUUGUUGAUACUCAUUCUGACUACAAAGUGAAUGCAAUUAAAUAUUUGGUUUAUUUUGUGAAGACAACGUCUGUCAAAGAGGUGGACAGACAUGAGAUUCCUCCUAAUGUUCAUGUCAUUACUUCAUUUGCUGAUAUAAUUUCAGGCGUUGCAAAACUUGAUACUUUAGUUGAUAUUGUGGGUGUUAUUGCUGAAGUGAUUGAACGCAAAACAGUUAAUCCAGCAUACAGAGUGACUGUCAAGUUGAGAGACAAUAGUCAUGUUGAGAUCAUCAUGACUGUGUGGGAGGAAUAUGUUCUUCAGCUGAAUGAUGCUAUUGAGAAAAACCAUUUUGGGCAAAAGCCAUUGGUUGUUAUGCUAACUCUUGCUAAGAUCAAAGAACCCAAGGACAAGUAUCCCCUCAGUGUACAGAAUAUAAAGCAUGGUUCGAAGUUGUAUGUGAAUGGUGACAAAAACGAAAUUCAACAAUUCCAUGAUAGUUUACGUGUGCCAUUUUAUAUUGGCGGUCUAGAUGAUGAGGGUGGUGUUUCUCAGUCACAAUCUACCCAGAAUUGCCAAGAUAAGUUUUUGCAUAAUGCUCAAAUAGUGAGCUUUGGUGCAAUAAAGACUCUGCGACAGGAUUGUUACUAUUUGACUGUGGGCACUGUCGAUGAGGUGAUGAUUGAUACUCCAUGGAGUCAUGACAGUUGUCCAUACUGUACAACCACUUUUGAUCCAUUAAAAAUAGGUGCAGCCUGCCGUUCGUGCCAGAAUCAUGUUACUCACACUAUUCCAAGAUAUAAGUUAGUUGUCAAGAUGGAACAGAAUGGGGAGAAGGCGAACUUCCAUUUUUGGGAUGCAGUAUGUAUCAAAAUAUUUGGUAAAACUGCAGAUGAAUGUCGUCAAGAUUUGAUUGCGAGUGGUGAUGAGAUCAAGGUGUUCCCUGCGUGUGUUGAUCAAUUGUUGGGUAAAACUUGGGUUGUCAGAUUCAAACACCGUAUACAGAUGCAACAAUCAUCCGUGUUGGAUUUUAGUGAACAGGAACAUCAUAUACAGUCAGUGAUAUCCACGCUAGGUCUACAGGAUGAACAAUGUAUAAGCAACAAGUCAGCCGAUGUUAGUGCUGCAUCUUCAUCACAACAAGAUUACCAUCCUACACCUUCAUUGUCAAAGUCAUCUGAAUAUGAUCCUGGAAAUGUUGCCUUUGUAAUUCUUGCAAAAAAAACGUCUGAUCAGCAAGGAAGUAGUCAGUUUGAUAGUGACAACUUCACAACAUAA